AUGGGUUCCAGCGCAAAGAGGAAGAAGGAAAAGAAGAAGGAUUUCCAGAAGCCGAAGCUCAAGGUCGGCAAGGCGAGACCCAAGCCCGACAACUUCACCGACACCAGCUUCAAAGCCAAAUCAAUCAUCGUCAAGGAGCAGUCCAUACACACCACCGCACCAACAAUAACCGCCCAAUUCACCCACCAACUCAACCUCCUCACCCACAAGUCCGACACCCAAAGACGCGAAUCCCUCUCCUACCUCACCAACGCCGUAAUAGCCGCCCGCAGCCAAAACGCGCCCCUCCCCCAGCCCGUCUCCGUCAUCAUCCCCAAAAUCCUCUCCCUCAUCUACGACACCUCCACCAGCGUGCGCCAGCAGCUCCUCAAACUCCUCCAGGCCCUGCCCGCCCCGGACGUCCGCCCGCACGUCGAGGAGCUCCUCCGCCGCACCCGCGCCGGCAUGACCAGCCUCUCGACCGACGUCUGCACGACCUCGUUCGACGUGCUGGACUGGCUGCUCGCGACGCACCCGGGCGACGUCGUCGGCUGCGCCGGCGGCUGGGUGCACACGCUGCGCUGCUUCACCAGCGUGCUCGGCUGGAGGGCGCCGGCGGGAGCGGGAGCGGGAGCAGGGACGGCGUCGACCCAGAAAUGGACCACCGCCUCCGGCGCCACCACGUCCUCGUCCUCGCACGCCAACGCCGAGAAGCUCAAGCGGCUGCGCCACCACCAGCUCGUGUCGCUGGCCGCCUUCAUCCGGGCCGGCAUCGCCGCCGACGCCGACGCGGCGCGUGCAGCCGCCGCCGCGGAUGCCUGCGCUGCCCGCGGGUGGUUCCCGCUGCAUCAGGCGGGGUGCCAUGGGCAGGGCGUGAACGGCUUUGCGCAUCUGAACCUGUUUGGCGCGCCGAAGGACGAGGACGGGCAGAUGUAUAUGGAUAGGCAGGGCAGGCAGCAGGUUUUUGCGAGGCUGAUCCAGCCGGCCGUGGAAAGCGGAUUGCAGAAUGCGAAGAAGGAGGGUGGGCAGAUUGGCAGGGCGGCGGGAGAGGUGGACAAGGUCGUUCAGGAGGGUAUGAGUGACUAUGAUGGAGGGGAAUUGUGA